AUGCCGGUGACUCGGAGUAGAGGCAGACCCGCGGAGCCGAUCGAGGCACAGGAGCGCCCUGAGGAGAGCGCUCCCGCGACCGCGUCACAGUCAGUGGCGGCCCCGAGGCCGUCAGCGCCGGAACCGGUGCGGCAUAUCGAGCCGCCCGGCUCCCCGUCGGAGGCGCCACCACCACCGCCAGCACCGUCGUCGCAACAGCAGCACGACGACGCAGCAAGAGCGUCGUCGACGAAAUCCGACCGUGCGCGAAGGAUCGCGCGCGCUAAACAGAAGAUAGCCAGACUCAAGCUGGAGCUGGAAGAGGCCAGGCUUGCCGUCCUGGAGGAGGACAGCCAGGACGGCGAGUCGGUCGCAUCGGGUGAAUCGCUGGGCCAGGCGCGAGUGGCCGAGUGGCUGAAUACAGUGCCGCCGCCACCGCCCGCCGCGCCGCUCAGUGCACCGCAACAGUCUACAGGCGUAGCACCGCCGCCCGGCGUGCCACAUGCACCGCCGCCCGGCGUGUCACACGCACCACCGCCGCCACCCGGCGCGCCACACGCGCUGCCGACCGGCGUAUCGAUCGCACAGCAGCUCGCCGCGCCGCUAUCGGGCGUGGCGCCGCCGCACAGCGUACAGUUGAAGCAAUCGUCGUCAUCGAAGCCGCCGCCAGCAGCAACGGGGUAUCAUCGGUCCGAGGGACAAUUCGACCUUAACGAGCUGGCGGCCGCCAUCGCGCAGGCCGCGCGCCCACAUGGGGCCACGCCGCGAUUCAUCGGAGAACUGAUGCCCUUCGGGGGCUCGCAUCUCGACUGGCUCGCCUUCAGAGCGGGCUAUCAAGAAACAGAGAGAUACUUCACAGAAAUCGAGAAUACAGCCCGCCUGCGACGGGCUUUGAAAGGAAAAGCCAAGGAAGCGGUUAGCAGUUUACUCAUAGUAAACACUAGCCCGGCGGAAAUAAUCGGCGAACUCGAGACAAGAUUCGGCAGACCGGAGACGAUUGCGCUCGCCGAGAUCGAACGACUUCGCAACGUACAGAAGCCUACAGAUGCGCCACGGGACAUAAUACAGUUCGCGAGUCGAAUAAAAAACAGCGUCGCUACACUCCGCGCACUCCAGCAGCCGCAGUACAUGUACAACCCGGAAGUGGUCAAGCAAGUGACAGAGAAGCUGACGCCGUCGCUGCGGUACCGGUGGUUCGACUUCAGCCGGGACCAGCCGCCAGAGGAGCCGGACCUCGUGCGCCUUCACCGCUUCGUGACCAGGGAGGCGGAGGCGUGCGGGAAGUACGCAGACCCCGAGCUCGUCGGCGGCGCCGAGGAGCAGCAGCAGCGCGCGGCGCCACGCAACCGGCCGCAGCGCGCCUACAACGGUCGGAGUGACAGCGAAAAGUGCGACAACAGAAGCGAAAAGUGUCCAGUGUGCAGUUUACCGAACCAUAGCGCCGACAAGUGUAGAAAAUUUGUGCGUGCGAACAACAGUGAACGAUGGAGCAUAGCGAAAGCGGAUCGACUAUGUUUCCGUUGCCUGAACCCCAGGAGAGGGGGGCAUAAGUGUGAAGACCGUCAGUGUGGAGAGGACGGCUGUGAGAGGACCCACCACCCAUUACUGCACUUCAAGAAACCCGAAGUGCCAGCCAGCCGGAGUGAAACAGUGACAGCGGCAAACUCAUCUGGAAAGUCAACCGUAAGUUUCCUCAAAAUUCUACCAGUGACAGUGGUGGGCCCCAAGGCCAAUAUAGACACAUUCGCACUAUUAGACGACGGCUCUACAGUCACACUCAUAGACGAAGACCUGGCUAAGCGCGCGGGCGCUACAGGACCCAUAGACCCAUUGAGCAUAGAAGCUAUAGCGGGGGCCCGCGUCACGCGUACCGACUCGCGACGAGUGAAACUUGUGCUACGAGGGCAAGAUGAAGAGCACUCCCUGCGAGGCCGCACUAUCAAGAACUUACGACUGGCGGCCCAGCACAUUGACCGAGACUUGUCAAAAUAUCAACAUCUUCAAGAUAUCGAAACGCGAGUGCGGUAUGCGGAGGCGCGGCCCACUAUCCUGAUCGGGCAGGACAAUUGGGAACUCCUACUGGCCAACGAGGUACGACGUGGCGCCGCAACAGAACCGGUGGCGUCCCGCACACCCCUGGGGUGGGUGCUCCACGGCUCAAGCAGCCGGAGCCUGGGGCACACAGUCCACCACGUAUACAGGCUCAAUGAAGAGAGCGACAAUAGAAUAGAAGAAAUGAUCAAGAAGCAUUUCGCAAUCGAAUCGUUGGGCGUGACGCCCAAGAAAACGCGCGCCGACCCCGAAGAGCGGGUGCUUCGCAUCCUGGAGAGUGAAACCAUCAAGCUGCCGACAGCGGGCUACGAAACGGGCCUACUUUGGGCCACCGACCACCCCGAGCUGCCCAACAAUUACGACCAGGCCUUGACGCGCCUACACAGCACAGAGCGCAAGCUGGACAAGCAGCCGGAGCUCGGGGCGGCGUACGAGCGGCAGAUGACACAGCUGAUAGAAAAAGGAUACGCAGAGGAAGCCGCCACCGCACCAUCGACCACCGGGCGCAUCUGGUACCUGCCUCACUUCCCGGUGCUCCAUCCAGCCAAGCCCGGGAAGGUGAGGCCAGUCUUCGACGCCGCCGCUCGCACAAAGGGUACGUGCCUGAACGACCACCUGCUGUCGGGUCCGGACCUCCUGCAGUCGCUGCCGGGGGUGCUGAUGCGCUUUCGCCAGCACGCCGUCGCCGUCGCCGCGGACAUACAAGAGAUGUUCCUGCGAAUACAAGUUCACGAGAAAGAUAGAGAUGCGCUGCGCUUCUUGUGGCGCUCACACCGGCGGGAGGGACCGCCCACAGAGUACCGGAUGAAGUCGGUCAUCUUCGGAGCAGCCUGCUCACCGUGCACGGCGUUGUUUGUCAAGAAUCACAACGCCGAGCGUCAUCGGGCCGACCAUCCGGACGCAGCCGAAGCCAUCUUGAAGAAGCGGUAUGUGGCUCUGUCCACAUGCCUCACCACCCGAGCCGUGCACCUGGAGGUCGCGGCCUCACUCUCCACCGACUCCGCCGUCCUCGCGCUGCGCCGCAUGAUGGCGCGCCGAGGACAACCAUCAGAGAUCUGGUCGGACAACGGCACCAACCUGCGUGGUGCCGACGUCGAGCUCCAGCGGGCCGCCCUCCAGGCGAGCCGGCAGGAGGCCGCCAACCACCUCAUCAGAUGGCGCUACAUACCGCCGAGCGCACCGUUCAUGGGCGGGGCGUGGGAACGCCUCGUCCGGUCCGUCAAGGACGCCCUCAGUACCGUCCUGCGCGAGCGUCACCCCCACGAAGAGACGCUCGCCACUCUGCUUUGCGAGGCAGAAUACACAGUCAACAGCAGACCACUGACCCACGUGUCGGUGGACCCCGACGACGCCGAAGCCUUGACCCCCAACCACUUCCUACUCGGGGGGUCGGGCCGCAUCCAACAGCCGGGGACGUUCACCGAAGCAGACGUCGCCAGCCGCCACCACUGGAGGCGAGCUCAACGGCUAGCCGACGAGUUCUGGGACCGCUGGGUCCGAGAGUACCUGCCGGAGCUCCAACACCGGCGGGAGCCGCACGGGAGCGGAGCACCGCUCAACAUCGGCGACCUCGUGCUCAUCGCCGACUCCAACCUGCCACGCAACGUGUGGCCCCGGGGGCGCGUCGUCCAAGUCUACCCUGGGCGCGAUGGCAUCGUGCGCGCCGCCGACGUCGCCACCCGCACCGGAGUCCUGCGCCGCCCCACCAAGAAGCUCGUCGUGCUGCCCACAUCGACCGUCGUGACACCGAGUGAGGUGUAG